CUGAUUCCCCUGAAUGCUACGCACGUCUCACCCCAAACACUCCUUCCUCCUCCCGCCACGAAGUCGCGGCCGUCCCCAAAGAGAAAUUAAACCAUGUCAAAACUGAUGGCCUUGAUCUCCGCCUCUGCCCAUUUGAAAUGGGCUUCCGAUUUCCUGUUUUCCAACCUCCAAAUCUUCAAUCCCAACAGGGAGCUCUGUUUUUCCGAUCCCUCAAUCGGCCUCAUCACCACCCACUACUGCAAAUCCGAAGCAAGCCCACAAGAAGAUGAUGACGACUGCUGCUCAAUUUGUCUAGUCAACAUGAAGCAACGGGAAGAAGUCAGCAAAUUGAGAUGCAGCCAUCUAUUCCACCGGCCGUGUUUGGACCGAUGGUUCCAAUCCCGCGGCGGCGGUCCCCUGACUUGCCCGCUCUGCAGGGACAACAGCUUGUUUCGUCCCCGGGAAGCUCUCGCCGCCGCCGAUGGGGUUCGGGUUUUGGAACUGAGGUUGGUCGGCGGUGGUUCGGGCGCUUCUGAUGACCAGGAUUCGUGGUGGUUACGGUGAUUCGAGGGGGAAGAAAAAAAAACGUUUCUUGUUUCCGAUCCCCAAAAGAUUGACGUGGCGGGGAACCGGUGGUAGGCAGGGGCGGCGGCUGGCGGUUAUGAGGGGGCGGAUCUCAAAGAUGGCUGUGGCCAAGUUGUCAUUUUCUUUAUAAUUUAUUUAUGUGACGUAUGAUGUAAGAUUGUACCUAUUUUAAGAAGUGUUGGUCUUUACUCUUUAGUCAAUUCACUUAUCACUUGCUUCCAUUUAUAGUAAGUUAAUAAUUGAAAAUACCAUAAACCCUUGGAUCAUCUCGGUUCGUUUUAGUUCAUCGUUAAUCAAACUAGGGCGAUUGC